AUGCCCCCUCGAAGGCGACCGCAGUUCACGCAAGAAAGCAUCGACCAGCAGUUGCAACAGAUUCACCUCCUUGACCAGGCGUCUUCCUCUGAGAACCUCGAGCAGCUUGGCCCCAUUAUCAAGCAGAUUCAUGCAAAUCGCCAGCAGGACGUAUACCUCCGCACGUUACAGGCCUUGAUUGAGUCCAAGGACACCGAGAUAGAGUCAAUAUGCGGCGACAACUACCAGGAAUUCAUCAGCUCCGUUUCAACAUUGUUCUCCAUCAAGUCAUACACUACGAACCUACGCGAGAAGAUCACCACUCUGGACUCUAGUGUUUCGCAGGUCGGCAAGAGCCUCGUUGAGAAGAAGAAGGCGCUGCUUCAGACGAAGAAGACCGCAGCCAACUUGGACGAAGCCAUCGACGGCCUUCAGGCAUGCCUGCGCGUGCUGGACGUCGUGAACAGGGUGGGCGAGAUGGUCAAGGAGGGGAAGUACUGGAGUGCGCUGCGGUCUCUUGAAGACAUUGAGAGCAUGCCUCCAACAUCUCUGUCAACAACACCGUUGUUCCAGCACUUGCUUUCGUCCCUUCCUUCACUGAGAGGCCAAAUCAAGGAUGCGGUUACUGCGUCUAUGAAGCAAUGGCUCCUAGACAUCAGGAACGUCAGUGCACAGAUAGGUCAGCUGGCCCUGGACGCUAUGGACAUGCGCACACGACGAUGGCGAAGUCGUCGAGACAAGGACCCUAUGCUCAAGACAAGCCGUGUGGGCAGCGCAGUCGAAGCAAUCACAUAUGAGAAGACUGAAUACAACGUUCUGGACAACGAGCAACUGAAGGUCGACUUCAAGCCACUGUAUGAAUGUAUCCAUAUAUACACCGCCCUCGACUCCUUGGAUGAGAUUCGGAGGUCAUACCAAGCCGACCGAAAGGCGCAAUCUGACCUCAUUAUACCCGAGCCCCUGCCCAUUCCUUCGUUGGCAUCUAUAACACAGGAAAUCGUGGGGUAUUUCAUUGUCGAGAACCACGUCCUAAACACUACCGGUAGCUUCCGGUCAGAGCGAGAGGUUGAAGACCUGUGGGAUGCUCUCAUCAGCCGGCUAAGCAAUGCAGUCGAGGAUGCGCUGAGGAACGAGAAGGACCCGGAUACAUACCUGAAAGUCAAGGAGGCUUUGCUUGGUUCCGUGAUGACCCUGGAAGCCUAUUCGUACUCAACUGGAAGCAUACACUCAGUUAUUCUGCGGCUCUUUGAGAAGUAUGUCAGUAUCCUCGAGACCAAGUUCGGAAAGCGCUUUGAAAGUAUCGUGUUGCAAGACGACUUCCAGCCUAUGUAUGUGGAGAAGGCAUCCGAGAAGGACGAUGUGCUCGAGACCGUUUGGCUCACGCGAGAACAACGGGAGCAGCUCGAACAGAGCUCUGCACCAAUGAAUCUGCCGUGGUCACAGGGGUUCUACCUAUCAUGCCAAGAUAUACGCAGCUUCGUGCAGAACUUCUACCAGUUCAUCGAGGGCGUCUCGCAGCACCAUCGCAACAUUGACGACCUGCUCAGCAGAUCCCUUGACACGAUACUCACGACGUACAUCAGCGAGUCUGUGGCGAAGCGCUCCCAGAGCACGAACAACCUUUCGCAGCUUGCUCAGAUCAUCUCGAAUCUUGAACACUUCGAGAUCGCGUGCUCUGAGCUCGAGCGGUCCCUCACUAACAUCCGCUCCUCGCAGCGUGGCGGCACAAUCCGCGUGAAAGCCGCGGCGUCCUUCGCCGCGACGCUCGACAAGGCGCUCGCGCGCGUGACGGAGGCGAUGAGCUCGAAGCUCGACGACUUCUUCGGGCUGUCCGAGUACGACUGGACGCCGAAGGCGCGCGAGGACGCGCCGAGCAUGUACCUCUACGAGCUCGUGAAUUGGCUCACGACCGUCGUCGACUCGCUCGCACUCAAGGACGCGCACAAGGAGGAGGCGUGCCGCGGCGCCGUCAACUACAUCGCCAGCUGCUUCAUGGACUUCCUGACAGGGCGGGACAUCCCCAUGAUGAACGAGAACGCGGUCGCGAACUUGCUUAUGGACGUCGACUUCCUCGACGAGGAGCUCAAACGCAGUGGGCACUCCCACAGCGCCGCCUUCACCGAGUUGCGCUCGACUGCGUCCGUGGUCAUGUCUGAUGCAGUGAAUGCGUUCCUCGUCGCAUCGAUCCGCCAGACGUCAUACGCCGCGGUAAAGCCCAAGCGGCUACAGGCGCUGCUCGAGAAGCUGGGCAGAUAUGGGCAGGAGUGCCGCGACGCGCCGUCCAGGGAGAGGGGCGAGAAGCGGAGGAAAGAGGCGGAGGCGGUUGGGCGGGUCUUCCCCGGCGAGAAUCGCUAG